GUGUUUUACAUCCUGUGCUGUGAUUGGACGGUUGUUUAUUGAUGUCGUGGCUGUUCUACAACCCAAACCGUUCUUCAUGUUCUGCUGUGCGGGCUCUCCUGAAUACAGUUUUGUUUUUGGUCUAUAACUUGUGAUGGAUCUGCUGAAGAUCUACAAAUCUGCUUCUGUUUCUGUGGCAUUAGAACCCAGUGGAACCUCUCAGGUCCUGGUUGUCCUGGAUUCGGGUCCUGGUUCUGCUCAUGUUGGUGAAUUUAAUCAGAAGCUGAAGCUUGAUUCUCUCCAGCAGCCAGCAGGGGGCGACUCUGAUGAGGAAAACACCAGAACUGUCCUAAACCCAAACUAUUUGUUCUCACCUGUUCUUGACCCAAAGACUCAGUGUUCCGGUUUAAACCCAGAGUUUGGGUUCCUAGAUGUGCUAGUCGCAUAUUCUCUGCAGGUUCUUCAGGUUCUCCAGGUCGUGUCUAGAACAGUAAACAUCCUGAGUCAGCCUGUUGACUGUAAACGUCCUGCCAGUCGGAGCCGAGGGAGAAGAGGUGACUUCAAGUUCAGAGUCGUGACUUUCAGAGCGACCGACUGAUUUCACUGUUUGUCUUCUCAGGUGUGAACACUCGGCUGGACUCACCUGUUCAGGUGUCCAGGUGAGCUCUGAUUGGCUGGACAUGGACCAAUCACUGUCCGGUGGGGGGGCUCAUGUGAGCGUGCUCAGUUGUUUCCCACCAUCUGUGGGUAGAGAUGUUACCGUUGCCGUGGUGAAGCCCUUAGCAGCCAGCCUGGGAAACCCCGACACCUGCAGCCUGCUGCGCACAGACAGACAGGUGAAGUGGACGAUGGAGAUUCUGUGCUACGGUCUCACUCUCCCAUUGGACAGAGACACAGUCAAACUCUGUGUGGACGUCUAUACCGAUUGGCUGAUGGCCUUGGCUUCCCCGAGAAACUCCACCCCUCCACCAAUCAGCAAAGAGCCAGACCUGUACGUGCAGAAGAUGCUGCGACACCUGUCCAGUCUGUUCCUGCCCAGGUGGAACCAGCAGAGUCCCAUCCACCUGUCGCUCUGUCAGCAGGUGCUGUGUGCCGUUCAGUCAUUGGCCAGAGAGAACUUCAGCUUGAGCAGAGACACCUGGGAGACGCUGCUGCACUUCCUGCUCCACAUCAACCACGCCAUGCUGGCUCUGCCCACUGCUGCAGGUGUUGUCUCAGACCUGUCCAUGGAGGUGCUCCUGGAGGUCUGGCUGCUGUCUUGCUCUCGGUGUUUUCCGUCUCGUUCUCUCUGGCAGAUGUGUAGACAGAUGUUGAGCAGCUGGAAGCAUCAGGCUGCAGUGGUGCAGCAGUGGAGCCGCGUCGUCACAGCGCUAACGUCCAGGCUGCUGCUGCUGAACUUCGGUCCGUCCUUCCCUCCGUUUAAAGUCCCAGAUGAGGACGCUGCUCUGAUCCCUGUCGACCUGGAAGACGAGCGAAUCCCUCACACCUGGUUCAGGUUCCUGCACCUAUUCAGUAACCCGGUAGAACUCGUUGAAGUCUCGCAGGAUGAAGCGUUCCGGGGAGACGUUCAGCUGCCAGACAUCUUCUUCAAAGCCAUGAAAGGAAUCAGCUCACUGGUCGAUGCAUUCCUGGGUGUGACUGUGGAGAGCAAAGAGCUGACAGAGCAGCUGCUGUCAAACACUGGACUGUCAACGAGGUUACACGUCAGAGAUCGUCUUCCUUCUCUCAGUAAGUCCAAACGUCCAGUCCAUGAACUCAUCAGAGCAGACAGCAGAACCACAACCUGUUCCACGCGGUCUCUUCCCAGGUGUUGCUGUGACCAGAAACCCAUUCAGAGACCGCCUCCCCCCUUAUGGUAUGUCUCGGCCUCGUUCUGGCAGUGCCCCGCCCACCCCAGUCAACAUACUGAGCAUGCCCAGUGCAGCUCCCUCCACUACAUCCCCCCCUCCACACAACGGACGGCUGAAAGCAGCAAACGUUUCCAAGGCAACCAGCUAACCUUCUACAGUACCACACUGUUUGUUUUCAUGCUUCAAUUUUCCUCCUUACCUGUCCUGGUGCAUGACAUCAUCGCCUGUCCUGGUGCACCACGUCCUGACUCGGCUCCUUCUCUCUUCUCUCGGAUAUCUUCAUCCUCUCCACAGGGGAAGUCUUCCUUCCACCCUUCCUCCUCUGCUCAUCCUCUAUGCUCCUCCCCCCGACCCUCCCCCUCCCCUCUCAGGUGUACCAUGGAUUCCCUCCUACACCUGUUUGGCAGCUGGCUGUUUGAUGCUGCUCUGAUCGGCAGGGACUCUGGUCUUUCCACUCAACAGCGUGAUGUCACUGUGAUGUCAGAGAGGUGGGCAGAAGGUCGAGCUGAGGCUUGUGGGACACUCUGCAGGAUCUUUACGUCUAAGAAGACUGCUGAGGAGAUCCUGUCUGUUUAUCUAUCCAGGUUCUACCUGGUUCUCCUGCAGGGUCUGCAGGUGUCAGAGGGGGUGUGUCCUCCUGUUCUGGCCUCCAUCCUGCUGAACUCCACUCGUUUGUUCUGCUGUGACUUGAGAGGAGUCAACCUGUUGCUCCCCUCCUUCAUCUCUGCUCUGGAGAAUGUGCUGCUCGACAAAGAGCUGCUGAGGUUCAAACAAUUAGUGAGUGUGGUGGAUUUAAGGCGAGCCUCCAUCCUCAUCCUGCUGUCCCUGCUGCCCCUCCCUCUGCAGUUUGGAUUCCUCCAAUCAGAGGUCUUAGUAGAUGGGAGGUUCAGUGCUGAUGAUGUCAUAGCAGGUAGCUUUCUGUCUCUGAAGCCCCGCCUCAUCAGUGUUCUGAUUGGAGCUCUGCAGACGGAGACGGACACAUCCAACACACAGCUCCUCCUGGCGGCGAUGCUGAACGUGGUUCAGGACUCUGCUCUGUUUGAGGUCGCAGGACAAACCCAGCAGGAACCUGAGUCCCAGCAUAGUGGAGCCAAACCCAGACGGACAGCGGGGGGGACCAGUGGGAACAGAUGGACCAGAGGACCAGCUGUUCAAUCAGAUGCAGCGGCAGUUCUGUGGGUUCAGUUUGUGCGUUCCCUGACUCAGCGUCUGACAUCUCAGUGGAGGAAUGACUCAGCAGUUUGUCUGUCAGCACUGGAAGUACUGGGAGGACUGGCCAAGGUGCAGGUUCAGGUGGACGAGGUGGAGAGGAGGCGGGCGGUCAGCUCCGUUUGUACCUACAUCGUGUUCCAGUGCAGUCGUCCUCCUCAGCUUCACUCCAGAGAUCUGCACUCCAUCAUCGUCGCCGCUUUCUACUGUCUGAAUGUCUGGUUAACCCAACACCCCGCCCUGCUGGACCACCAGGAGUGUCUGUUGGAGGUCCUAGAGAUUGUGGAAUUGGGAAUUUCAGGCAGUAAGUCCCGACAGGAACAGGAAGUGAAGCGUAAAGAGGAGAAGGACCUUAACCCGGCCUCUCUGAGGGUGAAGGAGGCGGCUGAGGCCACGCUGAGCUGUAUUAUGCAGGUUUCGGAGGCGUUCCCGUUCGUUGGCGGGUCACUGAGUGAAGACGCUCUGAUUGGCUGCUCUGCUUUAAGUGACAGCAGCCUGAAGAAGUUCAGAUAUUUUGUGGUUGAAAGCUCCGUCAUUCUGGCCAUGCUGGAACAAGGAUCAGGACCUGAACAGGCUCCGUAUCCGUCGCUCACAGUAUUGAUCAGAGGACCGUCAGGACGUCACACUUGGACUCUGGAGCUCCACCUGCAGCCCAGAGGUGGACGAGCACAGACACAGCAAUCUCCGAUCUCAGAACAGAGCCGGGGAACCCAGGAGGAUGCAGGGAUACGAAGUCCUGUCAAACAUCAGCUGUUUCCUGAAAACAUGGACAGAGUUCCUCCAGUUAGAGCAGACCGGAGCAUUCCAGCUCUGCAAGAAACCGCAACAGAGCAGGUGCAGCAGCAGCUGGAGUGUCUGCGAGCAGCGUUGAGGAGACAGCAGCAGAUUGAAGCUCGGCCAAUAGUCAGCGGUCGUUCGGUCGUCAUGACAACCUGUAGGCCACCGCCCUUAGCUACCCGGUUCCAGACAGCGAGACUCUUCCUGUCCCACUUGGGCCUCCUGACACCUGACAGCGUGAAGGAUCCAGGUAUCAGCGGUGUCCCCGCCCACCUUGUCUCUCUGGACUCGUCUCUUCCUGGUUUCUCUGAGAGUCUGAGACGAUUGGACAAGCUGCCGCCCAGAAACUGUGACUCCGCCUUCAUCUUCUACUUGAGAGCAGGACAGAGGACAGCUGCUGAGGUCCUGAGGAACGUGGAGUCUCGCUGCAGCGUCCAGUCUCACUUCCUGGACCUGCUGUCGUCUCUCGGUUGGCCGGUGCAGGUGGGGCAGCAGCAGGGGGGCGGGGCUCACAGCAGCCGCUCAGAGUUCCGUGCUGUGCUGGGAGACAGUGGAGGGGACGUGUUUGAUGGACGGACGUUUGUCCUGAUGUUCUCCGACGCCCUGACAGACAUCACUUUCAUCGUCCCGUCGCCAUCACACAAAGCAUUCGAUUGGUCAAAGACUUCAGAGGAGGCGGAGCCACUGAAUGAGUCACCAUCUGACCUGCAGAAUCACCCUGACUCCGCCCCCAACUCCACAGUAUGGAAACACCUAAUUACCUGUUUAUCUCUCACCUGUCUGUCUGUCUGUCUGUCUCUUACCUGUCUGUCUGUCUGUCUGUCUCUUACCUGUCUGUCUGUCUGUCUGUCUCUUACCUGUCUGUCUGUCUGUCUGUCUGUCUCUUACCUGUCUGUCUGUCUGUCUCUUACCUGUCUGUCUGUCUGUCUGUCUGUCUGUCUGUCUCUUACCUGUCUGUCUGUCUGUCUGUCUGUCUCUUACCUGUCUGUCUGUCUGUCUCUUACCUGUCUGUCUGUCUGUCUGUCUCUUACCUGUCUGUCUGUCUGUCUGUCUGUCUGUCUGUCUCUUACCUGUCUGUCUGUCUGUCUGUCUGUCUCUUACCUGUCUGUCUGUCUGUCUGUCUGUCUGUCUCUUACCUGUCUGUCUACCUGUCCAGUUGUAGACAUAAAGUUGGGUUCUCCGGUUCUUGGUUCCGGCUGCCAGCUGAUGAUCGUUUGGGUCGAACGCUUUGAGGACAUUGAGAGUUUCCCCCUGAAGGAGCUGAUGUCAGAGCACAGGACCCAGACCAGCACCCAGACAGAGUCCAGUCCAUCAGACGUCCAGCUGGUCUUCAUCCAUCCGCUGAAAACUGGACUCUACUCCGUCUGUCUCCAUGGAAACGGCUCCAGCAAAUUCAGCCUGGCCGUCCCACUGGUCAGCGGGAGUGUAGUCAGCAUGAGGUCACUGGGUUUCCUGCUCAGAGAGAUGGUGAUCAAUGGUUGCCAUAGGCGACGGCUGGACAGUGACUCCGCCCCCCCGCCUCACAUCAGACGGAAACACGCCAUCAGUGACAUCAUCCAUCGGUACCGGUGCCGCCGCUCUGAGCCCGCCUUCUACUCCGCCCUGUUCCAGGACCUCUGAGCUGUUGCCAUGGAAACCCUGUUGUUUUUAUUUACUGUGUUUAAAAUGUGCAGUAAACCGGCCAAUCAGAACAAGGUGUACGACUGUUACAGGUGACUGAUGAUGUCACCUGGCUGAUGAUGAUGCGUAAUAAAAUUGCCAAACAUC